CUCAGGUGUCUUUGCCUGAGUGGACGGGUCGCAGUCCACCUGAGAAGGGCAGAGGAGACAACUGCAAGAUCGCCUGCCUGAUUCAGGUGUGCCAUCAGACACUGCCAGGUCAACCUGGAAUCCAGAAAGCUCCUCUUCCAUCAUGAGGCUCCUGUACCUUCUCUUCCUCUUACUCAUAUGUCUUAUCCAGAUGGUAUCAGGGAAAGGAAAAAAGAAAAACCUUGAAUGUGAGAAAAUGGGUGGUGCCUGCAAGUAUCAGAACACCCAUGGGUGUGUCAUCCUGCCUGGAGAAUGCAGGAGUCGGAAGAAGCACUGUUGCAGAGUCUAGUUUCAGCACUGGAGCAUCCACAGCAGCAGGAGACACUCCCCACCACUGAGUCCUGUUUAAAAAGAGCCACUGCUGACUUGGG